AGAGUUUACUUGAGCCCACUUUCCUUUCUUCCACUCAAACAUCCACACACGCACGCACGCACAUUGUCAUUCACAUGCGCGCACCCACGCACACGGUGGGUUGCAGUUUACGCCGGGACGCGCGCGCACUCGGAGGCCGGUUGGAUGCUACUUAAAUGUUUUUUUUCUUACAUUAGUUUUAGUUUUUCCAAUCCUUUCAUUACUGAGACAACUUAGGUUGGACUUUUAAAUCACGGCGCAGAUGGGUGACCAAAGCACGUAGUCGCGUAAAAAAAAAAAAAAAAAAAAUCGGAAAGCACGCAGGUUGUGGCACUACAAAUACGGAUUUAAUUUGGGAAAAUGAACGAUUCUGUGCUGGAUAAGUUAUUCUGUCCUACUCAAGUACUGUAAGUCUCCCAGCUAGCGCUAACCUUAAAGAUGAAGGUCUGUCCAUGUGUGGGUUUGGUGGUGGCACUGUGGGCCCUGGUGGUUCCCGGGGGCCAGGCUUGCCCCAGGAGCUGCAACUGCUACCAGGCAAACGAAGUCCACUGCACGUUCCGCUCCCUGCUCACCGUCCCGGCGGGAUUGCCUUCGCACACACGUCGCAUCAACAUGGGGUUCAACAGCAUCAGCAGGCUCUAUGACAGUUCGCUGGCCAGGCUACAGAGGUUGGAGCUUUUGAUGCUGCACAGUAAUGACAUCCACCACCUGCCGGACGCACUGUUUCGAGACCUGAAAUCCUUGCAGAUACUAAAACUGAGCUACAACAAGCUGACAGAAAUCCCUUCAUCCCAGACUUUCUAUGGCCUGACCUCGCUACUGCGUCUGUACUUGGAUCACAAUCACCUCCAGUACAUCUACCCUAGGGCCUUGCUCCAGCUGCCAAGCCUCCGUUUGCUCCGUCUGCAAGGAAACAGGCUGCAUCAGUUGCAUCCCCACGCUCUCUGCACACUUUCCCUCCUGAACACGUACUACUUUUCAACACUCCGGCACCUUGAUGUGUCCAACAACAGUUUGACCACCCUGCCCAGGGCCACCUUGCAGACGGCGCCAAUGCUGGAAACGUUAGCACUUCAGGCUAACCCCUGGAGCUGCGACUGCAGGAUGAGUUGGUUUCCCGCUUGGCGUUUCGCUCACCAAGAAUUGACGAAAUGUUCCGGAGGUCUUCAGUGUCCAAUGUGUGAAUCACCGAAUGCCCGUCACGGUAAAGGCUUGCUCGAUCAGAAAGAUCUGACCUGCACCUCCCCAGUCAUUACCCUGUGGAAAGAAGAGACACCUUCUGAGACGGAACUCGUCGAAAAUGAACAAAGUGAAUCCUUCAGCCAACCUUUAGGCACCGCUUCCCUCGACCUGUCGGACCAACAGGGAAAUAAUGUUGAACUGCGCUGCAACGUUACUUAUUUGCCGGACUCUCAGGAUGAGAGUACUCCAGACCUCUCUCUUCCCUCCUCUUCACCUGUUGCUAUGGCUUUGUCAUUCUCUCUGCAUUGCCCCGUGGAGAGAGAGAGCUAUGAGAGGGUUUGGAGGAUCCUGGCUUACUACAGCGAGACUGCAGUGCAUCUCGAGAGGGAACUCAUGGUGAAUAAACCUCCAGACCUGACCUACCAGUACAGGCAGGCAGCAGAGACAGAGGGGUAUUACAAUACCGGAGUCAAAGCGUCUGUCUCAACAGGACCGCACUGGUUAAUGCAGCCAGCUAUUGGUAUUCAGCUUAACAGAGCACGGUCCAGCCGAAACACAGUCAACCUUAUAUAUUCAACAAGAGUUUCCGCUCAUCCUGACCCCACUACAGAUCCUGCGACAUCUGCCACUGUUUCUCAGCCAUGGGUACUCAUUUUGACUAAUUAUACCACAGCAAUAACAGCUGCCGCAGGCUCAAGGAUAGAGCUCUCCUGCCCUGUUCUAAGUUCUGGUCAUCCCAGAAUACAAUGGAUUCUGCCAGAUAGAUCCACAUUUGUCUCUCCAUCCAGUAGUCAAGAUGGUAGAAUUCAAGUCACUGGGACUAGGCUACUGUUACAAAAUGUAGAGCUUUCAAAUGCAGGAAUUUACUAUUGUGUAGCCCAGGCUGGGAAAGACUCAGAUGUUCUAUCGCUGUAUCUAGCAGUAGAAGCGUCUUCUGCCCCACCAACAGGUGAGCAAGUUGGACCUCCCGUCACAGGGCUACUUGGACAACCUGUCAGCCUGUCCUGCAAGGCCUCUGGUUCACCAGAGCCGCGCACUUUUUGGGUAUUACCAGAUGGGAAUAUCGUGCGGAAGGGAUUAACAGGAUUAGGUGAAUUUACUAUGCAGUCAAAUGGGACACUCUUUUUCCCUAACCCCUCGCUGAGAGAUGCUGGUCAUUAUCGUUGUGUUGCUGUCAACCAGUAUGGUAGUGCCUCUCUGUCCAUGAGCCUGGAAAUAAACUCAAGAAAAAGGCUAUCACUUGGAGAUGUGCCAGGGGGGCCACAGUCAGCCUCUGGGCGAUCAACCAAGAUACGAGCGCCGUUGCUACGUCAAGUAGAAGAAGGCUCAGGUGAUGAAGUAGAAGAAGAAGAGAGAAUCAUUCCAGUCCACCAGAAACAUUCCAGUCCUCUUCAAAAAUCUCAAUCAAACAGACAAAAGCAAGUCAGGAAGCCCAUAAGACGAGGGCCUUUGAGAGAAGGCCCCUUGAGGAGAGGAGGGAGGCCUCUGUCACCUGAGCAGAGAAGAAAUCGUUACACCACAAACAAACAAAAAAUUGACCCACUAAAAUGGGCUGACCUACUGGCAAAGAUACGCCAAAAGACCGCGGUCACAAACAAUAGCGAGGACAUGACGACGGAAAAGGCCACGGCAAAAUCAUCGCGAAUAGCGGAAGACAGAGAAAGACAUGGGGGUGGUGAUAACACAGAGACAGAAGGAGCAGCUCAACCGGAAAUGGAGGGCUCAUCAGUUGAUGACGCGGUCCUGCAAGAGGAGUCUCUGCAGCCCAUUUACCCCACUCACACAGUAGCUGUCCUAACGCAAGCGAGUACCGAGUCAAAAACAGGUACUAAGCGUGAAGAGUCCUCGGAAGCGGAGAAACAUGAGAAUGAGGCUAAGAAUGUGACACCACCACAAACAACAACACAGACAGAUCUAGUCACCUCAAAGCCAACAUUCAGAACUAAUGAAAUUGACCCAGAUACAGCUGGGGGAGCAGAACAGGAAGCAAAGCCCACCUCCUCAAGAGUGAGACCUUCAAAACCACACAAGGGAGCAGUGUCCAAAUUUGUCCCAAAUACACGGCUACAGAAUCCUCGGAACUCUCGCAGAAGGAUCGGACAGCGAAGACGAGUCAUCAGCAGGACAAGGGGGCAAAUUAUGACACCACGUCAACCUCUACCUGAUUCUCUUAACCCAACGGCAAAAAGUGUGAUGCCUGACGUGACCAUCACUCAAAUCCUGACAACCACAUCUUCGCCAACAAAGUUGGAAGAGACUGAGAAUAUUAAAACUCCUUUUUCAACAACAAACGGGAUGGCAACUCCUUCACCUCGUUCAGUUUUUACCGCUGUUGGUAUCACCCCUUCAACAUCUGACUUGCCCGCUCCAACUCUUUCCUCCCCGGCUUUAUUACCCCAUUACAACACAGAGACAAAUACAGAUGUGAUGACUCAUUCAGGCAACAUAACAGACAGCGCCAAGUCGCCUGUCUUUAAAUCACAAACACCGACAGCCACUGACUCUCACAACGCGCACACAAGCAUACAGACAACCUUGAGCCUAAACGAUGACAGGUCCUCAGGCGAAAAGGGUGAAGGGCUGGAAAAGAAUUUGUUGGACGUCCUGAAUGUACCUCAAUUCUCCAGCCUUCCUGCAGCCACGCUCUUCUCCGCUGUUUCCUUGACAACAACUCCUUCAAACGGUUUUGCAAAUAAUCCCGUCACUACUUCUGCUAGCGUAAAAUCUGCUGCAACGUUUGACGACACACAUCCAACAUCGACUACGUUGACUCCCAUGACUGCGGACCCAAUUCCAUUGACUUCACCCCCUAGAACUCCCCCGAUGUAUCAAAGAACUGAAAGUGCAACAACAUAUUCAACUCUUAUAUCUACUUCUCCGACAGCUGUUACUCAUUCAUCAGCUACUCUCUCACAAACUACUAAUUUCUAUAGUACAGAAAAUACAGAUUCAUUCAAAGACAUCCAAACAACUACUAUCCCUGCACUUCCUACAUCAGACAGUAGCACUCCUAUUUCUAAAAAAAGUGCAACCCCAGUCAAAAUUCCUCAGAGUGAGACAGAAUCCAGUGCAUCUUCCAUUUUUGCAACAACAACAGCAGCAGCAUCAAGUACUGCUGCGUCAUCUGGAGAAAGGCUAAACACCGGGCAGAUCAGCCCCAGAGGGAGGCCUGUGUCUGGCCAGAGCCGACCCCCAACUGACUGGAGAAACCCUGGAGCUAAUUUCAUUCCAGAUUCACACAGCAGUAGACCGCUGUGGUCUCCAUCGCCUCUUCCUGCAGCCCCACGGUCUCCAAUUUUAAGAUCCAGACCGAGGAUUGCGGACCCGCAUAUCAGAACGGUUUCGUUCCCGGCGGGAAAUGUUGCCAGGCUGACUUGUGAGGCUCAAGGAGAGCCGAAGCCCUCCAUCACGUGGACCAAAGUUGCCACAGGUGACCGCAGCGAAACAGACAUGCGCGCAUUUGCCUCAGCGUUCAUACUGUUUAAAGACCAAACACGCAAUAAAUUUAUAUGGAAAUGAGGCCAGUCUUAUCUUCAAUUUACAUUCACGUCAAACAUCUCUCGGCAGAUUUCUUGAAUCUGAUUUGUGUGCUGAUGUAUAAUCUCGGCAAAUACGGUGUGGCCCUUCUUGGGACGCAUCAACCUGCUCCAUGUUUUCCAUUUCCAGGAACAAAGAUUGAAAUAUCACACACACAGUUGCAGAUGUUGUCACUGGAAAAA